AGCUCUGACCAGGGAGAGCUCAGCUUUCUGCCCAUUAAAGGAUUAAGUUCGCCACAAUGGUAAACAAUCCCUCCUGUUUCUUUUCCCUUGCAAUCACCCUUUGCGUCCUGCUGGAAGAAGGCCUGGGCCUCCCUCCGGCAGAGCCUCACCUGGCAGCGGGCAGCGGCAGGCACCUGAGGACCAAGCGCUGCUCCUGCCUCAACUGGAUGGACAAAGAGUGUGUUUACUUCUGUCACCUUGAUAUUAUCUGGAUCAACACGCCAGGCCACUCCACGCCCUACGGUCUGGGUAAUACACAAAGGCGUCGGAAGAGAUCACUCAGCAGGUGCGAGUGCUCGCAUUCAAAGGACAGUGUCUGUGCGACCUUCUGCCAUGGCAAGCCUUGGGAUUUCAGAAAUCCACGGCUUACCACAAACACGGGACUGCUGGUAAAACUUCUCCAGAGCCGUAGUGCGAAGCCCCGCAAGACAAACUUCUGAAAGUUCUCAGGGCGCCUUGCUCUUUCAAAUGCCUCGUUCACCAGGAAGCAGCAGGACUCGCUGAGGAAUUCCAAACUAGCAGCACUUAAAUGAGGGGAGAUCAUGUGGAAGACAAAGUAAGAAGGGUGGGGGUGCUGUUCACCUUCACCACACGGAGUCCUGCCAUUGCAAAGAAUCUCCUAUUCUGUGGGAAGUUGAAAGAUUGGAGGACCAUUGGAAGAGAUGGAAAGAAAUCCAUGGAAACAGCUGUUGGAGAAAGGGGCAAGGAACAGUGGAGGCAAGUAGCACAGCCCCCUUGGUACAUCAGAGGUGAUCCUAAAGAGACAAUAGCCUCUCCUUUUUACUGCACCUUGGGAAGGUCUGUCCAGCUUGUUGGGACAAGAGAGGAGAUCUUCCUGGAUACCAACAGGAACUCAUAGCAGAUCUCAGUGUAAAGAGCCAGCACUUUGGAGGAAGGCAAAUGGAGUUAUGGACUCCGUCGCCACAUGCGGAUCCUUCCAAACACCCCUACCUCAGGACCUUGUCUAGUCUGCUUCUCCUUUUCCCAACGUUUGACUUUAAACAUAGUUUGGCUGGUUUUACCGACUGCUCCUUUUAUUCCGGUUGUCGUUGCCUGGCUCACAUCUGCCUCUACUCUCCUGCGUGACAUGAAAAGGCGUGCAUUGAAUAGACAUCCCUAUUUCUGGUAAUGAAUUUGCUAAAAGUCUGUUAUUGGUAACAACAACUCCCCCCCCCCCCCAGUAAGUCAAUUUAGUGUUGCCUAGUGACCAUUGGGGCUGGUAUGGCAGGCACCAAGGAAGACAUCAGUAGGUGGAGGGGAGUCAACUAAUUCUACUGUUGUCUCAAACUUCCUCCUUGCUGAGUUUUACAAGGGCAAAAGGGAGGCUGAGGAACGGGCAGGCAGGCAGGGCCAGGGUCACCUUCUGGACUGGUUGUAAGAAAGGCAGCAGAUGGGCUUGGAGGAAUCAAUACUGAGAUUGGUGGGGCAGUGUCCCAUUUGCCCUGAUGGAUCAGCCUGUUUUACAGCCUGUUUACUUAGCUCUACUCAGUUAAUCUGAAAUCUUGUUCUCAGCGAGUAACUUAAGCCUUGAUGAAGUUGAUGGCUCAGAAAAGCGGGGGGCGGGGGACAGGGACCAGAAAAGGAUCAGCAAAGCUGGGGUGGAGGCAGGAGUCCAAAAGCACAUCUUCAUUGCACAUUUAAACUAAUUUAGCCAUCACCACCCCAAUAAGAAGCCCCAGGAAUCAUAGAUGUGUGAGGGAACUGAGCCUUUGGUAGAGUUCAUUAGCCAUUUCACAGAACUACACAUGAAGCUGCUCAUGUUGAAUCAGGCCAUUAUUUCAUCCAGCCCUCUGCCAUUGGUGAGUGAAGGCUCUCCAAGGUCUCAGACAGAUAACUUCUAAGUAUUGCUGCUUAAGAUCCUUGAAGUGGAGAGGCCAGGCAUUUGCAACACAUACACUUCGUUACGGAGUUGUUAGUUGCCUGUCCAUUUCACUUGCACAGAGAAGAGAAUUCUUGGACCACUUGUGUGUCAAAUGUGUGAGCCUCCCAGUUCCACUGCUGUUCUUUAAAGACCUUGCACACAACUCUACAAGUUUAAGCAACAUGCCCUGCGUUAUCAAGUUCCACACUGCAAAUGCUGAAAUGGUUAAAAUGACAAAACUUGACAUUUGAAAAGCCUCUUCACUAUAGGCAUGAAACUGAUCGUUAGUUUCAACCUGCCUGUCAAUUUCACAUGACCUUCUCUGGGCUGCUUGAAGAGGUGGCUCAAAUUGUGCUCAAGUAGCAUUAACAUACCAAAUGUUUGCAGGAGCUUUCUUGUUUAUAGUUCAGGGAUGCUUGUUCAUUUCAGGGAUGUGGCCCUCCAAAUGCUAUUGGACUCCAACUCACAGCAACUGCUGGGAGUUAAUGGUUAGGGAUGAUGGGGUUUGGAGUCCCAGCGACAUCCAGAGAGCCACCUGAUUUUAGGUGUUAAAAAUAUUUUAACUUGCCUUUCCUUAAAAAUACAACAAAUAACAGUAAAAUACAGUAACAAUAAAACACUAGCAAAAUGCAAGUAACAACAACAGAUCACUGAGAGAAGUAAGAGCAGAUAAAGCCAAUAUUUCAGGGAGCUGACUAAUGACUUGGCAGAUCCAAUGUCAUCUGUAAAAGAGAGGUCUUCAUGCAUUGGCAGAAGGCCCUCAAAGAGGAAGAAAGUUGCUCAGACACUCCUCAGAUAUCUAGCCUACUCAUUGGAGUUUCAGUGAAUUUUGUACACAAUGAGGUGGGAACAGUGAAUGGAGAACUCCAUGGAAACUGAGAAUCAAGGUGCAUACACCCCAAACCAAAGGCUCUCUUUAGCCAAAGUCCCUGAGGGUUCUUCUUUGGAGCUGUGAUGGUUUAAACUGGUUUAAAUGUGUCAUACAGAUGGGCCCAUAGUGAGGGCCAGUUACUCAGCCAGGUUGGUGCACUGUAGAACUUGGGUUGAGGGGUUCCACAACAGAGGUCAAUUUCAUGUGCUAAAGUGGUCAUAGCAUUGCUUGGCUAUAUGACCAAUUUACUGUUCAGGCCAUCUUUACUCUGUCACUGCUCAUCUCGCAACCUUUGCAGUGGCACUGUAAACGGCAGUGGUGGCAGUGGGUUGAAUUAUAAGGCAGACACACAACCAUCUUGGCAUGUCUUAGUUGGCUUGGUUGUGGUGUUUAUGCCCCACAAUAUCCUAUGGAUAUAUUGAGGGUGGGCUAGAAUGCUUCUGACAAGAUUACUUUUAGCAUAGCGUCCUUAGAGGGGGCGCCUAUAAACACUGCAUGGUCACUUGAUUUGGCAGUUCAGAUCACAUGAGGAUAGUAUCACUGGUAGGUUGGGGGAUACAUGGUGAGGCAACUGUUACCGUGCUCUCAAAACUGUUUGGAAAUCUGAAGAAGCACAGAUUUUAUGAGAGGCAACUUCUUUUGUAUUCAGUGAAACAACUGGCCUCC